GUGCAUUCUAUCUCUUCUCUCUCGCUUUACUUUCUUUCAUCUUCUAUGAUCCAAUAGCCAUGACGGCACGCUCAUCAUCAUCAACAUCGUCACCUAGAAAGCUCCAAUAUCAUAUCGAUGACCAUGAUUGGAUCAGCAAACUCCCAGACGAGUUAUUGCAAAUGAUUGUCUCAAAAUUGUCCACCGAAGAAGCAGUACGAACAAGUCUCUUAUCGUCACGAUGGAUGGAUGUGUGGAAAUGGAGGUCUCAUCUCGUCCUCGACAUGAGAAAGGUCUUGGAAACAACCCCCAAGGAACGUUUGCACCGAGCUUCUGUUCAGUUGGCUAGGUCAAUGACCAAGGUUAUAAAUAAUCAUCGUGGCCACCUAGAGAGCUGCACUAUUCAGCAUUACAUAUCGCAAUAUAAGGAUGGUACGCUCCAAAGUUGGAUUGACUCAGUGACUGGUUUGAAGCACACAAAAGAUCUCACACUUAUAAACUAUAUCCCUGCUAUAAGGCGUUACAAAGGAGCUAAUUUGCUCAGCUUGCACCCAGAUACAUUUUCACAUCAUAGCCUCAGUUCACUAUCACUUUGUGGAUUCAACCUAAUAGGUCCAGAUGCCUUCAGCAAGUGCAAGAAUCUUAAGACCCUCAAUCUUAUAAACAUUGUCAUCUCACAAGCUAGUGUCCUUAGUGGAGUUUUAGCAGCUUUCUCCUCCCUCGAGGUUAUUGUGUUGAAUGUCAAUUUCCUAACCCCACGUGGUGUGUUGAAGAUCGAGAACAACAAUUUGAAGUUCUUGCAAUUGUCUUCCCUUAACGAGAUUGAUAGGAUGGAAGUGUAUGCAACUUGUCUAGAUGUUCUAGACAUCAGGUUUAUCAAAGUUAAUAGAGACAACUUCAUCCUUGUUGCUCCCAAUAUCCAGGUUAACAAAAAUUCUUGGCUGGAUAAUCACGGCCUUAAUGAUUGUCCUCACCUCUACUGUAAUGUAUCAUCACAUCUCGCUCAGGAGGAAACAAACAUUUGGCAUGAGAUUUUGGGGAGCGGCUUUUUUUAUAUGAGACGGUAUGGGUGUUUAUCAGUGAGUGUAGAUAUAACUGAUCCGAAAGAAGUGGAGAUACUGAAUGAAGUUUUGCUUAUGUGGACCAAUUUUGUGAUGGAGCUUGAGAUCUUUUUCAAGCAUAAGAAAUCUCAUAGGGAAGAAGGUGAAUGUUCUACUAACGACAGAACGCAUGCAAAACUGUUCCCUAACGCUGAUUUAUACGUUUAUGAUAUGCGGUUGUAUAAUUUCGAUGGUUCCAACGAGGAAGAAUUUGCGUUUGUUUCACGUUUGCUGAUGCAAAAGCCGGUGAUACUGAGUAUGAUGAUCGAGACUUCUUUGUUUCCUCCGGCGAAGAAGUUCAAUGCGGAAGCAGCUGUGGCCAAGUUGAUGGCACUUCCUAAGAGCAUCAUUAUCGGUGAAACCCCUUUUUGGGUUUCUAAUUUUUUUUUUUUUUUUUCAUUAUAA